AUGUGGUGUGUUUUUGCCAUUCAACUUAUCAGCAUAUUGCUGAUUUUCCACGUUGAUCUUAGUUAUGGCCAGUGUUGGGAUAUUAACUGGGGAUCAAGCCUGGACAGAUUGGGGUGGCCAACUUGUCCUGAUCUUAAUACGUAUCUCAAGGGAUUGUGGAGGAACGAUAAACGGCCAGGGGACGAGAGAGUUGGGCGCAUUGAAACAGCAAGAUGCUGCAAUGCUUUUGUGUCAGCCUAUCACAUACAACCUUCAACUUGCACAAAUGCUAACUGGUUGCACACUUUGGAUAGAACUUAUGUCUGGGCACUGUUUCCUGCCGGUUAUUACAUGCAGGGCAUGAGGCUCGGCGCCGGUCCGCCAGCCUACCUGCACCACAUUGACGAGGCAAAAUGUCGCAAACCACAGGGUCACCCAAACAGUUAUGAACACUGUUACGAAGAAGACCUCACUUAUAAGUUUGACAAUAAAGGUUGGGGGUUCUGUAAGCAACAGGGGUAUUACUUGGUUGGCAUCUACAAAAGUGGCUGCAAUCAACUUUGCUGCCUGAAAAAGUUGAGAUGCUGCAAGAUGAAGUUAGUAAACGGAGGAUGGAGUACUUUUGGAUUCUGGGGCCAAUGCAGUACCUCUUGCGGACUUGGAUAUCAAGAGCGCGUGCGUUCCUGUACCAAUCCCCCUCCUUCGGGCGGUGGGGCGCAAUGUUCAGGAGAAAACAGAGAGACAAGGUCUUGUAAUCGUGGAGGAUGCGCUGUGUUUGACCGCUGUGUCCCAUGUUCGGGACCUGACAUAGAAACACGGCCUCGUAACCAGGCCUCGUACAGUAGCAGGUUUUUAUGA